ACACACACACACACACACACAUAUACACACACACACACACACACACAUAUACACACACACACACACACACACACACACACACACAUAUACACACACACACACACACACACACACAUACACACACACAUACACACACACACAGGUGCAUACUGGAGAUAAAACAACACUUUUGCAAUUUGAGAGAUGUUUGUCUGUUCUUAUAGGUAUGCAGAGUGAUGGAGUCUUUCAACCAGCCUCCUUUAUCUUAGAAGACACACCCCUGUCUGAGCCUUGGCCAAUAGGAAAUCACGUACACGUCAAUGUGACAACGUCCACUUUAGGGACACAGCUUCUAAUACUCUCGUGUCUGAACGUGAAAAGGGAGAAUCGCUCAGUGUAUUAAUGGUCAGCUGCAAUCUGCAAUACAGCCGUGAAGUGUUUCAAAAGGUUGUUUGUCAGUAAAUGGGUCUUUCCACAAAAAAAAGAGCGCAUUUUGGCGUCCCUUUUGAUAUUUUAAGUAGAAAUUGUGCACCAAUAUAGACUUUUAAAACCUGAUAUAUUAUAUGAAGUGCUCUUUAAUAUGGAGAAUACAAUUAGUCAUUUUCAAUAUGAAUAAAGACUGGCUAAUGUGCCGAAAUUCAGCAUUUUGACAUGUCCCUCCGUCAACCCUGUGUCACUUCUAGGAAGAUUUCAACCCACUUAAUCCAAAAAAUGUCUCCAAGUUUCACCAUCAUUGUAAAGCCCUAGUUAUUUUGUUGCCUUGACAAAGUCAUUUCUGAAGAUGAUUAUUAUUUAUGUCAUGUGAUUAGUGAUUCAUUUACGUCCCGUCCCUCAUUUUAAGGUCAACCUUGUUACAUGAACUGAACUCCUGUUUUAAUAUGGUGAAACUAUUCCUUAAAAAACAUUGAACAUCUAAUAGUCAAAUCCUAGUGUAAAAGCAGGUGAGCUGGUUCUACUGUUUUGGGACAUAUUCUGGUGUUUUAUAACACGUCAACUCUGUUUCCAAUUUGUUUGGGGUGAAGCUUGCAUUCAAUUGCCGCUCUCUGUUGCACACAACAACCUCCCAUUCCCCUGACAUGAGGGCAUUUAUGCCUAAUUUAUUGUGAAAUCGUCAACCAUGUUACGGCCAACCAUGUUACGGCCAACCAUGUUACGGCCAACCAUGUUACGGCCAACCAUGUUACGGCCAACCCUGUUACGGCCAACCAUGUUACGGCCAACCCUGUUACGGCCAACCAUGUUAUGGCCAACCAUGUUACGGCCAACCAUGUUACGGCCAACCCUGUUACGGCCAACCCUGUUACGGCCAACCAUGUUACGGCCAACCAUGUUACGGGCAAUCAUGUUACGGCAAACCAUGUUACGGCCAACCAUGUUACGGCCAACCCUGUUACGGCCAACCCUGUUACGGCCAACCCUGUUACGGCCAACCCUGUUACGGCCAACCAUGUUACGGCCAACCAUGUUACGGCCAACCAUGUUACUUUAUUUGGCAGUUAAUAAGCACUUACUAUAGUCAUUUUUUUUUAAUUUAACUUCUGAGAUGGGAAAACAAAAAGAGCUUCUGGAUAUCAGAACAGCGAUUACUCACCUCGAACUGGAUGAAGAUUUUCUCAUGAAGUAUCUCAUGAUAAGCUGUAGACCACACUAUCUACCAAGAGAGUUUUCAUCUAUAUUUUUCGUAGCCGUCUAUUUACCACCACAAACCGAUGCUGGCACUAAGACCACACUCAAAGAGCUGUAUAAGGUCAAAAGCAAACAAGAAAAUGUUCAUCCAGAAGCGGCGCUCCUAGUGGCCGGGGACUUUAAUGCAAGCAAACUUAAAGUUGUACCUAAUUUCUACCAGCAUGUCACAUGUGCAACCAGAGGGGAAAAAAACUCUAGACCACCUUUACUCCACACACAGAGACGCAUACAAAGCUCUCCCUCGCCCUCCGUUUGGCAAAUCUGACCAUAAUUUUAUUCUCCUGAUUCCUGCUUACAAGCGAAAACUAAAGCAGGAAGUACCAGUGACUCGCUUAAUACGGAAGUGGUCAGAUGAUACGGAUGCUAAGCUACAGGACUGUUUUGCUAGCACAGACUGGAAUAUGUUCCGGGAUUAAUCCAAUGGCAUUGAGGAGUAUACCACCUCAGUCACCGGCUUCAUCAAUAAGUGAAUCGACGAAUUCGACCCCACAGUGAUCAUACGUACAUACCCCAACCAGAAGCCAUGGAUUACAGGAAACAUCCGCACUGAGCUAAAGGCUAGAGCUGCUGCUUUCAAGGAGCGGGACACUAAUCCGGACGCUUAUAAGAAAUCCCACUAUGACCUCAGACGAACCAUCAAACAGGCAGAGCGUCAAUACAGGACUAAGAUUGAAUCGUACUACACCGGCUCUGACGCUUGUCGGAUGUGGCAAGGCUUGCAAACUAUUACGGACUACAAAGGGAAACCCAGCUGCGGACUGCCCAGUGACGCGAGCCUACCAGACGAGCUAAAUGCCUUUUAUGCUCGCUUCGAGGCAAGCAACACUGAACCAUGCAUGAGAGCACCAGCUGUUCCAGACGAAUGUGUGAUCACGCUCUCCAUAGCCGAUGUGAGCAAGACCUUUAAACAGGUCAACAUUCACAAGGCCGCGGGGCCAGACGGAUUACCAGGACGUGUACUCAGAGUAUGCGCAGACCAACUGGCAAGUGUCUUCACUGACAUUUUCAACCUCUCCCUGACCGAGUCUGUAAUACCUAGCAGACCACCAUAGCAGACCACCAUAGUCCCUAUGCCCAAGAAAGUGAAGGUAACCUGCCUAAAUGACUACCGCACCGUAGAACUCACGUCGGUAGCCAUGAAGUGCGUUGAAAGGCUGGUCAUCGCUCACAUCAACAACAUCUUUCCGGAAACCCUAGACCCACUCCAAUUCACAUACCGCCCCAACAGAUCCACAGAUGACACAAUCUCAAUCGCACUCCACACUUCCCUUUCCCACCUGGACAAAAGGAACACCUAUGUGAGAAUGCUGUACAUUGACUACAGCUCAGCGUUCAACACAAUAGUGCCCACAAAGCUCAUCACUAAGCUAAGGACCCUGGGACUAAACACCUCCCUCUGCAACUGGAUCCUGGACUUCCUGACGGGCCGCCCCCUGGUGGUAAGGGUAGGCAACAACACAUCUGCCACCCUGAUCCUCAACACGGGGGCCCCUCAGGGGUGCGUGCUUAGUCCCCUACUGUACUCCCUGUUCACCCAUGACUGCAUGGCCAGGCACGACUCCAACACCAUCAUUAAGUUUGCCGACGACGCAACAGCGGUAGGCCUGAUCACCGACAACGAUGAGACAGCCUAUAGGGAGGAGGUCAGAGACCUGGAUGUGUGGUGCCAGGACAAUAACCUCUCCCUCAACGUGACCAAGACAAAGGAGAUGAUCGUGGACUACAGGGAAAGGAGGGCCGAACACGCCCCCAUUCACACCGACGGGGCUGUAGUGGAGUGGGUAGAGAGUUUCAAGUUCCUUGGUGUCCACAUCACCAACAAACUAUCAUGGUCCAAACACACCAAGACAGUCGUGAAGAGGGCAUGACAACACCUUUUCCCCAUCAGGAGACUGAAAAGAUUUGGCAUGGGUCUCCAGAUCCUCAAAAAGUUCUACAGCUGCACCAUCGAGAGCAUCCUGACCGGUUGCAUCACUGCCUGGUAUGGCAACUGCUUGGCAUCCGACCGUAAAGGCGCAUCAGAGGGUAGUGCGUACGGCCCAGUACAUCACUGGGACCAAGCUUCCUACCGGAGGACCAAGUCUAGGUCCAAAAGGCUCCUUAACAGCUUCUACCCUCAAGCCAUAAGACUGCUGAACAAUUAAUCAAAUGGUCACCCGGACUUCUUACAUUUGUUUUUACGCUGCUGCUACUCGCUGUUUAUUAUCUAUGCAUAGUCACUUUACCCCUACCUACAUGUGCAAAUUACCUGGACUAACCUGUCCCCCGCACAUUGACUCGGUACCGGUACCCCCUGUAUAUAGGGAGACCCAUGGGGCGGCGCACAAUUGGCCCAGCGUCGUCCAGGGUAGGGGAGGGAAUGGCCGGCAGGGAGGUAGCUCAGUUGGUAGAGCAUGGCGUUUGCAACGCCAGGGUUGUGGGUUCGAUUCCCACGGGGGGCCAGUAUGAAUAAAAUAAAAUAAAGUAAUGUAUGACCUCACUAACUGUAAGUCGCUCUGGAUAAGAGCGUCUGCUAAAUGACUAAAAUGUAAAAUGUAAAAUGUAUAGUUAUAGCCUCGUUAUUGUUAUUUUAUUGUGUUCCUUUUCACCUCUAUUUCUUGAACUGUAUUGUUGGUUAAGGACUUGUAAGUAAGCAUUUUACGGUGCGUGUGACAAAUAACAUUUGAUUUGAUUUUGAUCUCAGAGUAGGAGUGCUGAUUUAGGAUCAGUUUAGCCUUCAUGAUUACAUUGAAUGAGAUUACAUAGCCAGAAGGGGCCCUGAUCCUAAAUCAGCUACUCGUCCUACUAUAGUAUAUACAUUAUAUUACUACUACUACUACUCUACCAUCCUGGUCCCCUCAUCUAUUCUAUAGUAUGAAUCAGACUGUCCCCUGUCAAGUUCUGACUUGGACUAACCCUAAAACCUUCUCAGUGACCCCCCUGUCAAGUUCUGACUUGGACUAACCCUAAAACCUUCUCAAUGACCCCCCUGUCAAGUUCUGACUUGGACUAACCCUAAAACCUUCUCAAUGACCCCCUGGGUUCUGUUUAAGCUAAAUAAGAAAGGAGUCCACCCGGGCCUAUUCUGGGGCUUGCUUAGAAAAUAACAACAGGGGUAAAUGAUUGCUGCAAAUAUUAUAUUCUCUGUGAGCUCCAAAUAUGUGUUUGUGUGGACGUAUUUAACUAUACGUGUGGGGACCUGAAGUCCACACAAGCAUAGUAAACAAACAAAAAUUGGACCAACUGGGGACAUUUUGUUGGUCCUCACAAGGUCAAAUGCUAUUUCUAAGGGGUUUAGGUUUAAGGUUAGAAUUAGUGUUAGGUUUAGAAUUAGGUUUAGGGGUUAGGUUUGGGAGCUAGGGUUAGUUUUAGGGUUUAGGGAAAAUAGGAUUUUGAAUGGGACUGAAUUAUGUGUCCCCUCAAGGUUAGUUGUGCAAGACUAUGUGUGUGUGUGUGUGUGUGUGUGUGUGUGCGUGUGUGCGGUCUCCAGCUGAUCUUAUUAACAGAGGCCAGCUCUAACCUUGUUCUCCUCAGCGUCCGUUCUGCUUAAUAUCUUUCCAGCUUUGAGAUGGAACCACCCCCCCCCCCCCCCCCCCCCCCCCCCCCCCCCCACACACACACACAUAGCCACACACAGCAGACAUGACUCAUAUCUUUAGCAUCCACAAUGGCUGUGUUUCACUGGCUGGUCUGUCGUUCCAUUUACAGGGAACAGACUGUUCUGUCUGGUUCCGCACGGAAAGUGGUACCUGAGCUACAAGUCUGACACCAACAGGCUCCUGAACAGCUUCUAUCCCCAAGCCGUAAGACUGCUAAAUAGCUAACAGAAUGGCUAACAGACUGACUGCUAAAUAGCUAACAGAAUGGCUAACAGACUGACUGCUAAAUAGCUAACAGAAUGGCUAACAAACCGACUGCUAAAUACCAACACACACACACACACACAUACUUAAUUUGCUCACACACACAUGACACGCACACACAUUCAUACGAACUCGACACACACGCACACACACACUCACAUACAGUCAUCAUAUAUACUGCUGCUACUCUGUUUAUCAUAUAUCCUGAUGCCUAGUCCCAACAAUGCAGAGAUGAAGAUAAUAACACGAGAAAUAAAUACCCAAUGAUAACUUGGCUAUAUACACGGGAUACCAUGUGCAGGGAUAUGGUAGGGAUGAAGUGACUUGGCAACAGGAUAGAUAAUAAACAGUAGCAGCAGCGUACAGUUGAAGUCGGAAGUUUACAUACACUUAGGUUGGAGUCAUUAAAACUCGCUUUUCAACCACUCCACAAAUUUCUUGUUAACAAACUAUAGUUUUGGCAAGUUGGUUAGGACAUCUACUUUGUGCAUGGCACAAGUAAUUUUUCCAACAAUUGUUUACAGACAGAUUAUUUCACUUAUAUUUCACUGUAUCACAAUUCCAGUGGGUCAGAAGUUUACAUACACUAAGUUGACUGUGCCUUUAAACAGCUUGGAAAAUUCCAGAAAAUGAUGUCAUGGCUUUAGAAGCUUCUGAUAGGCUAAUUGACAUCAUUUGAGUCAAUUGGAGGUGUACCUGUGGAUGUAUUUCAAGGCCUACCUUCAAACUCAGUGCCUCUUUGCUUGACAUCAUGGGAAAAUCAAAAGAAAUCAGCCAAGACGUGAUGUGGACACGGAGGAACUUCAAGCUCUCGACCCGCUCCACUAUAGCCGCUUUGUUUCCUGUAGUCCACAAUCAGCUCCUUUGUCUUGCUGACGUUGAGGGAGAGGUUGUUGUCACACUGCCAGGUCUCUGACCUCUCUGUAGGCUGUCUCAUUGCCGUCGGUGUUGAGGCCUACCACUGUUGUGUCAUCAGCAAACAUAAUGAUGGUGUAGGAGUCGUGUGCGGCCACGCAGUCGUGGGUGAACAGGGAGUAAGCAUGCACCCCUGAGGAGCCCCCGUGUUGAGGGUCAGCGUGGCGGAUGUGUUGUUGCUGACCCUCACCACCUGUGGGCAGCCCGUCAGAAAGUCCAGUAUGCAAUUGCAGAGGGAGGUGUUUAAUCCCAGGGUCCUUAUCUUAGUGAUGAGCUUUGUGGGCACUAUAGUGUUGAACGCUGAGCUGUAGUCAAUGAACAGCAUUCUCACAUAGGUGUUCCUUUUUUUCCAGUUGGGAAAAGGCAGUGUGGAGUGCAAUAGAUAUUGCGUCAUCUGUGAAUCUGUUGGGGUGGUAUGGAAAUUGUACUGGGUACAGGGUGUCUGGGAUGAUAAUGUUGAUGUGAGCCAUGACCAGCCUUUCAAAGCAUUUCAUGGCUACAGACGUGAGUGCUACGGGGCGAUAGUCAUUUUAGACAGGUUACCUUGGCGUUUCUUGGGCACAGGGACUAUGGUGGUCUGCUUGAAACGUGUAGGUAUUACAGACUGGGUCAGGGGGAGUUUGAAAAUGUCAGUGAAGACACUUGCUAGCUGGUCAGAUGCUCUGAGUACGCGUCCUGAUAAUCAAUCUGGCCCUGCGGCCUUGUGAAUGUUAACCUGCUUAAAGGUCUUACUCACAUCGGCUACAGAGAGAGUGAUCACACAGUUGUUCCGGAACAGCUGGUUCUCUCAUGCAUGGUUCAGUGUUGCUUGCCUCGAAGCGAGCAUAGAAGGCAUAUAGCUCGUCUAGUAGGCUCGAAUCACUGGGCAGCUCGCGGCUGGGUUUCCCUUUGUAAUCCGUGCUAGUUUACAAGCCCUGCCACAUCCGACGAGCGUCAGAGCUGUAAUCCAUGGCUUCUGUUUAGGAUAUGUACCUAUGGUCACUGUGGGGACGAUGUCGUCGAUGCUUUUAUUAAUGAAGCCGGUGACUGAUGUGGUAAACUCCUCAAUGUUAUCGAAUUAAUCCUGGAACAUCUAAUCUGUGAAAUGUUGUUUAUGCUCUUUUGUAGUUUGUUAGGGUAAGUGCUUCUGUGUGAGUGUGGGGGGAUUCUAAAUAAGUAUUAAGCGUGAUUUGUGGUUUCAAAUAAAGUAUUAAAUGUUUGUAUGUGCACGCGUGCUUGCGUGCGUGUGUGCGUAUUUGUCCUAUCAUAUAACAUUGUAUAUGUCACAUGAGCAGAAUACAACAGAUGUAGACUUUACCGUGAAAUGUGUAUGUGUGUGUUAGGGACGGGCGCCUGAAGGCUGGUGAUGAGCUCCUGAUGAUCAACGGUCAGUCUCUGGUUGGCCUGUCUCAUUCAGAGGCUGUAGACGUCCUACGCUCCACCGCUGGACUGGUACAACUGGUCGUCGCUAGCAGGGUGAGUAGCACACACACACACACACACACACACACACACACAGACACACACACACACACACACACACACACACACACACACACACACACACACACACACACACACACACACACACACACACACACACACACACACACAGACACACACACAGACACACACACACACACACACACAGACACACGCACACGCACACGCACACAAACAAAGUAAAGGAGAACAACUCAUAUUUGUAUUGAUAUAUAUAUAUAUUGAUUAUAUACUCAUAUUUGUAUUGAUAUAUAUAUAUAUAUUGAUUAUAUACUCAUAUUUGUAUUGAUAUAUAUAUUGAUUAUAUACUCAUAUUUGUAUUGACAUAUAAAUUGAUUAUAUACUCAUAUUUGUAUUGAUAUAUAUAUAUAUUGAUUAUAUACUCAUAUUUGUAUUGAUAUAUAUAUAUAUAUAUUGAUUAUAUACUCAUAUUUGUAUUGAUAUAUAUAUUGAUUAUAUACUCAUAUUUGUAUUGACAUAUAAAUUGAUUAUAUACUCAUAUUUGUAUUGAUAUAUAUAUAUUGAUUAUAUACUCAUAUUUGUAUUGACAUAUAUAUUGAUUAUAUACUCAUAUUUGUAUUGAUAUAUAUAUUGAUUAUAUACUCAUAUUUGUAUUGAUAUAUAUAUAUAUAUUGAUUAUAUGAUCAUAUUUGUAUUGAUAUAUAUAUUGAUUAUAUACUCAUAUUUGUAUUGAUAUAUAUAUUGAUUAUAUACUCAUAUUUGUAUUGAUAUAUAUAUAUAUAUAUAUAUAUUGAUUAUAUACUCAUAUUUGUAUUGAUAUAUAUGUAUAUAUAUAUAUUGAUUAUAUACUCAUAUAGUAUUGACAUAGAAAAGCUCCAUGUUCUAACAGACGACACCAGAACACCUGAUAUGUCAAUAUACAGCUGCAGAGCAGGAAAGGAAACUGGAAAAGGAGAGAUUAUCAAUGCGGACAAAAGCAGAAAUGUGAAGAAUCCGACACUAAUCACUAAGUGCACUCAUUUGCAUGUUAGGACUUGGUACACUAAUUCCCUGGCUAGACACUAAGUAUUUAGCCUGGUGCAGUAUGUUUAAAUGUUGUACAAUACAUGUACCUUGUUUCAAUACAUUGUUUCAACAUAAUACUAAUAAUAAAUAUAGCUGCAAGCAGCAAUGCCGGGGUCCAAGCUGUGAACUAAAAAUCUAACUGAUCAUGCAGUAUGCUUUAAUGUAUUUUUGACUAUUUCUAAUGACGUUGACUGCUUUAAACGUCUUCUUCUCCAGAACCACUGGACCGAUCGGAACCAAAUUUGGUACAUAGCAUCUAUGGAUGCACGUCUUGAAAUGUUUUAGGACUCUCGCUCAAACAAUAUGGCCGCUGUGAGCCAAUGAGCUUGCAUUCAUGUUUUUCACUGUCCAACAGCGCGACUAUGGAUCCAAACGGAAUUAUACUUUACAGGUUAGGUGGACUCAUAUCCCUGAGCAUGUGUGCCAAAUUUCAUCACUCUUGAGUCAAACAGAUCAAGAGAUUUAAACAUGUGCUUGUUAUAGCGCCACCGUGUGGUCCAUGUGAAUGUGCUUGCAUGUAGUCUUCACAGUGUUUGGAACAUGUGGUGUUACAAUACGAAUACCCGUGACUGAUUUAUAUAUGCAUUUAAAUGCCAGACCACGCCCACAUUAAUGCUUAUUGGUCAUUGUUGUUUUAGGUACUAGUCUGGAAAGUAUUGAGUUGGGAAAACGUUGUCCGUAGAUGCCACAUAUCAAGUUUCAUGCAGAUCGGUCAUUCGGUGCCAGAGGAGUAGCUUCUUAAGUGUUUUUCACAAAAUUCUAAAUGGAGGAAAAUCCAUCAUGCCAGACCUUAUGGGUCCUAGAUGCAAAUGUGUUCCUUGUGAGGAGAGGGACCUAUUUACCGAAUUUCAUGACUCUAGGGCAAACGUGAGGGGCGUGACUUUUCAAAGUUUUCAUUUUGAAUCGCUUGUUAUAGGUAGCUUAGUGGUUAAGAGCUUUGUGCCAGUACCCGAAAGGUCGCUGGUUCUAAUCCCCGAGCCGACUAGGUGAGAAAUCUGUCGAUGUGCCCUUGAGCAAGGCACUUGACCCUAAUUGCUCCUGUAAGUCGCUCUGGAUAAGAGCGUCUGCUAAAUGACUAAAAAUGAAAAUGUGAAUGUUGUAGCACCACCAAUCUGUUCGAUUUACAUGGCAUAGCAUGAGAGGGCGUGGCCUUUGGCCCUUUACCGUUAUGCAAGGUUGCAACCGCCUACCAUCUCACGGGAAUGUGUAUGUGAAUGUGUCGUUACGGAAGGAGAGGGCUAGUAACCAACACAUACGAUAGGGUUUCAGCAGUCAAUAAUAUAUUUAUGUUAUAUAGCGCUUUUUCAUUACAAUCAAUCAUCUCAAAGUCACUUUGCAAAAAAUAAAAAAAAUUGGGAUCUGGCAGUUCAUUGUUGAUGGUCUUCCACAGCUUCAGAUGUCUUGAAGCAGUACAGAAAGGUUGUAGGUGGCAGCGGCUUGAGCAUCAAUGAUACAGACAGACAGGGAGAAAAGACCUGAGGGAACAUCAAUGAUACAGACAGGCAGGGAGAAAAGACCUGAGGGAACAUCAAUGAUACAGACAGACAGGGAGAAAAGACCUGAGGGAACAUCAAUGAUACAGACAGACAGGGAGAAAAGACCUGAGGGAACAUCAAUGAUACAGACAGACAGGGAGAAAAGACCUGAGGGAACAUCAAUGAUACAGACAGACAGGGAGAAAAGACCUGAGGGAACAUCAAUGAUACAGACAGACAGGGAGAAAAGUCAGUCAGAUAAUAGUAGACAGGCCUGGAGCUCUUCAUCAGGCACGUUGUCUCCUCCUCCUCCUCCUCCUCCUCCUCCUCCUCCGUAGGUAGGCUGGAUCAUCCACUGUCAAAGUGUAGCAUCCACAUGGCUGAUGCUUCGGCGACUGUCAAAGCACUAGAACAGACCAGCCCACCAUGACAGUAGUCUGGAACAGCCCCUAUGAGACGAGCCUCUGCCAUUCCAUCACACUGCCUCUGCCAUUCCCUCACACUGCCUCUGCCAUUCCCUCACACUGCCUCUUCCCUCACACUGCCUCUUCCAUUCCCUCACACUGCCUCUUCCAUUCCCUCACGCUGCCUCUUCCAUUCCCUCACGCUGCCUCUGCCAUUCCCUCACACUGCCUCUGCCAUUCCCUCACACUGCAGUCCACAUCCACAUCUCAACCGUGUACAAUACCUUGUCUCAACAUUGUACAAUACGUUUUUGUAUCUACAGUGGGGAGAACAAGUAUUUGAUACACUGCCGAUUUUGCAGGUUUUCCUACUUACAAAGCAUGUAGAGGUCUGUCAUUUUUAUCAUAGGUACACUUCAACUGUGAGAGACGGAAUCUAAAACAAAAAUCCAUAAAAUCACAUUGUAUGAUUUUUAAGUAAUUAAUUUGCAUUUUAUUGCAUGACAUAAGUAUUUGAUACAUCAGAAAAGCAGAACUUAAUAUUUGGUACAGAAACCUUUGUUUGCAAUUACAGAGAUAUACACGUUUCCUGUAGGUCUUGACCAGGUUUGCACACACUGCAGCAGGGAUUUUGGCCCACUCCUCCAUACAGACUUUCUCCAGAUCCUUCAGGUUUCGGGGCUGUCGCUGGGCAAUAUGGACUUUCAGCUCCCUCCAAAGAUUUUCUAUUGGGUUCAGGUCUGGAGACUGGCUAGGCCACUCCAGGACCUUGAGAUGCUUCUUACGGAGCCACUCCUUAGUUGCCUUGGCUGUGUGUUUCGGGUCGUUGUCAUGCUGGAAGACCCAGCCACGACCCAUCUUCAAUGCUCUUACUGAGGGAAGGAGGUAAAUGGCCAAGGUCUCGCGAUACAUGGCCCCAUCCAUCUUCCCCUCAAUACGGUGCAGUCGUCCUGUCCCCUUUUCAGAAAAGCAUCCCCAAAGAAUGAUGUUUCUACCUCCAUGCUUCACGGUUGGGAUGGUGUUCUUGGGGUUGUACUCAUCCUUCUUCUUCCUCCAAACACGGCGAGUGGAGUUUAGACCAAAAAGCUCUAUUUUUGUCUCAUCAGACCACAUGACCUUCUCCCAUUCCUCCUCUGGAUCAUCCAGAUGGUCAUUGGCAAACUUCAGACGGGCCUGGACAUGCGUUGGCUUGAGCUGGGGGACCUUGCAUGCGUUGCAGGAUUUUAAUCCAUGACGGCGUAGUGUGUUACUAAUGGUUUUCUUUGAGACUGUGGUCCCAGCUCUCUUCAGGUCAUUGACAAGGUCCUGCCGUGUAGUUCUGGGCUGAUCCCUCACCUUCCUCAUGAUCAUUGAUGCCCCACGAGGUGAGAUCUUGCAUGGAGCCCCAGACCGAGGGUGAUUGACCGUCAUCUUGAACUUCUUCCAUUUUCUAAUAAUUGCGGCAACAGUUGCCUUCUCACCAAGCUGCUUGCCUAUUGUCCUGUAGCCCAUCCCAGCCUUGUGCAGGUCUACAAUUUUAUCCCUGAUGUCCUUACACAGCUCUCUGGUCUUGGCCAUUGUGGAGAGGUUGGAGUCUGUUUGAUUGAGUGUGUGGACAGGUGUCUUUUAUACAGGUAACGAGUUCAAACAGGUGCAGUUAAUACAGGUAAUGAGUGGAGAACAGGAGGGCUUCUUAAAGAAAAACUAACAGGUCUGUGAGAGCCGGAAUUCUUACUGGUUGGUAGGUGAUCAAAUACUUAUGUCAUGCAAUAAAAUGCAAAUUAAUUACAUAAAAAUCAUACAAUGAGAUUUUCUGGAUUUUUGUUUUAGAUUCUGUCUCUCACAGUUGAAGUGUACCUAUGAUAAAAAUUACAGACCUCUACAUGCUUUGUAAGUAGGAAAACCUGCAAAAUCGGCAGUGUAUCAAAUACUUGUUCUCCCCACUGUAUGUUGUCUCAACAUUGUAUAAUGUAUUGUUUGAGCAUUGUACCGUAGGUUCUUUCAACGUUGCUUCCGCGGCGCUGUUUGCAGAGCUCCUUGGGAGAGUGUGUGGUAGUGGAAGGGUUGUAGUGUGGUAGUGGAAGGGUUGUAGUGUGCUAGUGGAAGGGUUGUAGUGUGGUAGUGGAAGGGUUGUAGUGUGGUAGUGGAAGGGUUGUAGUGUGCUAGUGGAAGGGUGGUAGUGUGUUAGUGGAAGGGUUGUAGUGUGCUAGUGGAAGGGUUGUAGUGUGCUAGUGGAAGGGUUGUAGUGUGCUAGUGGAAGGGUUGUAGUGUGCUAGUGGAAGGGUUGUAGUGUGCUAGUGGAAGGGUUGUAGUGUGCUAGUGGAAGGGUUGUAGUGUGUGGGUGGGAGAGUGGAAGGGUUGUAGUGUGUGUGGGGACAUCUAAAACAUUCAGGAGUUGAGAUCUUAAUGGGCUUGAAGGGAAAUGCAGGCUGGCUUUCAGAGAUAAAGUUAAAAAUACACACAGAACACACACUAUAUGUCCCUUCCACUCUUCUGAACAAACACACACACCAUCCUCCAUACACACACACACCAUCAUCCAUCCCUUCCACACUCACUCCUCCACUGUUCUCCUCUCCUCUCCUCUGGUUCUUCCAGGAGGAAUCGGAAGUGGAUUUCCAGCGGUACCCGUCCACCAGCCUGCCAGACCUGGUCAGUACCUGUGCCUCCUCUUCUUCUUCUCCCAGCGACAAUCAGGAGAACAUGGAACCUCAUCACAGGCACGGCUGGGAGGACCUAACAGCCAGUAGCCUUAGCCUCUCUCUGUCUCUACCUACCACGGUACGUACAGUAUGUGUGUGUUAACAGUGUUUGUCUCUGUGUUUGUGUGGAAGUCUGUCCGAUCUCUUUUGUCCUCUCUAUCUGGGAGUGUUUUGAGACUAUCAACUGUUCUGGAUCUCUACUUGCUUAGAGCUACAAACACUUUCCCUUUGAUAUCUGUAGAUGAUGUCCUGUAUCUGUCUUUCCCUCUGAUAUCUGUAGAGGAUGUCCUGUAUCUGUCUUUCCCUCUGAUAUCUGUAGAGGAUGUCCUGUAUCUGUCUUUCCCUCUGAUAUCUGUAGAGGAUGUCCUGUAUCUGUCUUUCCCUCUGAUAUCUGUAGAGGAUGUCCUGUAUCUGUCUUUCCCUCUGAUAUCUGUAGAGGAUGUCCUGUAUCUGUCUUUCCCUCUGAUAUCUGUAGAGGAUGUCCUGUAUCUGUCUUUCCCUCUGAUAUCUGUAGAGGAUGUCCUGUAUCUGUCUUUCCCUCUGAUAUCUGUAGAGGAUGUCCUGUAUCUGUCUUUCCCUCUGAUAUCUGUAGAGGAUGUCCUGUAUCUGUCUUUCCCUCUGAUAUCUGUAGAUGAUGUCCUGUAUCUGUCUUUCCCUCUGAUAUCUGUAGAGGAUGUCCUGUAUCUGUCUUUCCCUCUGAUAUCUGUAGAGGAUGUCCUGUAUCUGUCUUUCCCUCUGAUAUCUGUAGAGGAUGUCCUGUAUCUGUCUUUCCCUCUGAUAUCUGUAGAGGAUGUCCUGUAUCUGUCUUUCCCUCUGAUAUCUGUAGAGGAUGUCCUGUAUCUGUCUUUCCCUCUGAUAUCUGUAGAGGAUGUCCUGUAUCUGUCUUUCCCUCUGAUAUCUGUAGAGGAUGUCCUGUAUCUGUCUUUCCCUCUGAUAUCUGUAGAGGAUGUCCUGUAUCUGUCUUUCCCUCUGAUAUCUGUAGAGGAUGUCCUGUAUCUGUCUUUCCCUCUGAUAUCUGUAGAGGAUGUCCUGUAUCUGUCUUUCCCUCUGAUAUCUGUAGAGGAUGUCCUGUAUCUGUCUUUCCCUCUGAUAUCUGUAGAGGAUGUCCUGUAUCUGUCUUUCCCUCUGAUAUCUGUAGAGGAUGUCCUGUAUCUGUCUUUCCCUCUGAUAUCUGUAGAUGAUGUCCUGUAUCUGUCUUUCCCUCUGAUAUCUGUAGAGGAUGUCCUGUAUCUGUCUUUCCCUCUGAUAUCUGUAGAGGAUGUCCUGUAUCUGUCUUUCCCUCUGAUAUCUGUAGAGGAUGUCCUGUAUCUGUCUUUCCCUCUGAUAUCUGUAGAGGAUGUCCUGUAUCUGUCUUUCCCUCUGAUAUCUGUAGAGGAUGUCCUGUAUCUGUCUUUCCCUCUGAUAUCUGUAGAGGAUGUCCUGUAUCUGUCUUUCUACAUCACUAUCUCCUCUUCUUACUGCACGCUACUUUCUCUUAAACAAGUCAUGCCAUGUGGUGGAGGAAUCUCUCUUCCUCCACCGCAUGGCAUCUCUCUUCCUCCACCACAUGGCAUCUCUCUUCCUCCACCACAUGGCAUCUCUCUUCCUCCACCGCAUGGCAUCUCUCUUCCUCCACCGCAUGGCAUCUCUCUUCCUCCACCGCAUGGCAUCUCUCUUCCUCCACCACAUGGCAUCUCUCUUCCUCCACCACAUGGAAUCUCUCUUCCUCCACCACAUGGAAUCUCUCUUCCUCCACCACAUGGAAUCUCUCUUCCUCACCACAUGGCAUCUCUCUUCCUCCACCACAUGGCAUCUCUCUUCCUCCACCACAUGGCAUCUCUCUUCCUCCACCACAUGGCAUCUCUCUUCCUCCACCACAUGGCAUCUCUCUUCCUCCACCACAUGGCAUAUAGGCGUAGUACAGUAGUACAGUAUUACAGUAUUACAGUAGUACAGUAGUACAGUAUUACAGUAGUACAGUAGUACAGUAUUACAGUAGUACAGUAGUACAGUAUUACAGUAUUACAGUUAGGUACAGUAUUACCGGUAGUACAGUAAUUACAGUAUUACAGUAGUAAGUAGUACACGUAGUAUAGUAUUACAUAGUACAGGUUAGUAUACAGUAGUACAGUAGUUAGUACAGUUAUUACGUAUACAGUAUUACAGUAGUCCAGUAGUACAGUAGUUACAGUAUUACAGUAGUACAGUAUUACAGUCUAUUACAGUAUUUACCGUAGUUACAGUAGUAACAGUAUUACAGUUAGUUACAGUUAAUUUUACCAGCUAGUACAGUAUUACAGUAGUACAGUAUUACAGUAGUAUAGUAGUACAGUAUUACAGCAGUACAGUAUUACAGUAGUACAGUAGUACAGUAGUACAGUAGUACAGUAGUAUAGUAUUACAGUAGUACAGUAUUACAGUAUUACAGUAGUACAGUAUUACAGUAGUACAGUAUUACAGUAGUACAGUAGUACAGUAUUACAGUAGUACAGUAGUACAGUAUUACAGUAGUAUAGUAUUACAGUAGUACAGUAGUACAGUAGUACAGUAUUACAGUAGUACAGUAGUACAGUAUUACAGUAGUACAGUAUUACAGUAUUACAGUAUUACAGUAGUACAGUAGUACAGUAGUACAGUAUUACAGUAGUACAGUAUUACAGUAUUACAGUAGUACAGUAUUACAGUAUUACAGUAGUAUAGUAUUACAGUAGUACAGUAGUACAGUAGUACAGUAGUACAGUAUUACAGUAGUACAGUAGUACAGUAGUACAGUAGUACAGUAGUACAGUAGUACAGUAUUACAUUAGUACAGUAUUACAGUAGUACAGUAGUACAGUAUUACAGUAGUACAGUAUUACAGCAGUAUAGUAUUACAGUAUUACAGUAGUACAGUAUUACAGUAUUACAGUAGUACAGUAGUACAGUAUUACAGUAGUACAGUAGUACAGUAGUAUAGUAUUACAGUAUUACAGUAUUACAGUAGUACAGUAUUACAGUAUUACAGUAGUACAUUAUUACAGUAGUAUAGUAUUACAGUAGUACAGUAUUACAGUAUUACAGUAGUACAGUAUUACAGUAGUACAGUAUUACAGUAUUACAGUAGUACAGUAGUACAGUAUUACAGUAUUACAGUAGUAUAGUAUUACAGUAUUACAGUAGUACAGUAGUACAGUAUUACAGUAGUACAGUAUUACAGUAGUACAGUAUUACAGUAGUAUAGUAGUACAGUAUUACAGUAGUACAGUAUUACAGUAGUACAGUAGUACAGUAUUACAGUAUUACAGUAGUACAGUAUUACUGUAGUAUAGUAUUACAGUAUUACAGUAUUACAGUAGUACAGUAUUACAGUAGUAUAGUAUUACAGUAUUACAGUAGUACAGUAGUACAGUAUUACAGUAGUACAGUAGUACAGUAUUACAGUAUUACAGUAUUACAGUAGUACAGUAUUACAGUAGUACAGUAGUACAGUAUUACAGUAGUACAGUAGUACAGUAUUACAGUAGUACAGUAGUACAGUAGUACAGUAGUACCCACAGUAGUGGUUGAAUAUAAUACAGAAAAGAACAGACAGUUGAAAAAUGCUGAACUCACAAAUACCAGAAAGGGAUUUACAACAAUUCAUUAAAUGAACACCCUGUGAAAAAACAAAAACCUGAAAUAUGAAGACAUUGCUCUUUUGGUGGAAUAGGUGUGUCAUGAACUUGUUUAUUUUAUUUAAUAUACCCACAUGGUAGUUAUAGACUGAAAUACGUGAGUAUAGGCUAACAUCAACACAUCAACAAUACAAUACCAUUAUACAGUUACAGUGCAUUCGGAAAGUAUUCAGACCCCUUGACUUGUUCCACAUUUUGUUAGGUUACAGCCUUAUUCUAAAAUUUAUUAAAUUGUUGUUUUCCUCAUCAAUCUACACACAAUACCCCAUAAUGAUAAAGUAAAAACAGGUUUUUAGAAAACUGAAAUAUCACGUUUACAUAAGUAUUCAGACCCUUUACUCAGUACUUUUUUGAAGCACCUUUGGCAGCGAUUACAGCCUUGAGUCUUAUUGGGUAUGACGCUACAAGCUUGUCGCACCUGUAUUUGGGGAGUUUCUCCCAUUUUUCUCUGCAGAUCCUCUCAAGCUCUAUCAGGUUGGAUGGGGAGCGUCACUGCACAGCUAUUUUCAGGUCUCUUCAGAGAUGUUCGAUUGGGUUCAAGUCUGGGCUCUGGCCGGGCCACUCAAGGACAUUCAGAGACUUGGCUGUGUGCUUAGGGUCGUUGUCCUGUUGGAAGGUGAACCUUCACUCCAGUCUGAGGUCCUGAACGCUCUGGAGCAGGUUUUCAUCAACGAUAUCUCUGUACUUUGCUCCGUUCAUCUUUCCCUCGAUCCUGACUAGUCUCCCAGUCCCUGCUGCUGAAAAACAUCCCCACAGCAUGAUGCUGCCACCACCAUGCUUCACCAUAGGGAUGGUGCCAGGUUUCCUACAGACUUGACGCUUGGCAUUCAGGCCAAAGAGUUCAAUCUUGGUUUCAUCAGACCAGAGAAUCUUGUUUCUCAUGGUCUGAGAGUCCUUUAGGUGCCUUUUGGCAAACUCCAAGUGGGCUGUCAUGUGCCUUUUACUGAGGAGUGGCUUAUGUCUGGCCAUUCUACCAUAAAGGCCUGAUUGGUGGAAUGCUGCAGAGAUGGUUGUCCUUCUGGAAGGUAAUCCCAUCUCCACAGAGGAACCCUGGAGGUCUGUCAGAGUGACCAUCGGGUUCUUGGUCACCUCCCUGACCAAGGCCCUUCUCCCCCGAUUGCUCAGUUUGGCCGGGCGGCCAGCUCUAGGAAGAGUCUUGGUGGUUCCAAACUUGUUCCAUUUAAGAGUGAUGGAGGCCACUGUGUUCUUGGGGACCUUCAAUGCUGCAGAAGUUUUUUGGUACCCUUCCCCAGAUCUGUGCCUCGACACAAUCCUGUCUCGGAGCUCUACAGACAACUCCUUCGACCUCUGCAGCACCAAUCUGGCCUUUAUGCUAGAGUGGCCAGACGGAAGCCACUCCUCAGUAAAAUUCUCACAUAGGUGUUCCUCUUAUCCAGGUGGGAGAGGGUAGUGUGGAGUGCAAUAGAGAUAGCGUCAUCUGUGGAUCUGUUGGGGCGGUAUGCGAAUUGGAGUGGGUCUAGGGUUUCUGGGAUGAUGGUGUUGAUGUGAGCCAUGACCAGCAUUUCAAAGCAUUUCAUGGCUACAGAUGUGAGUGCACGGGGCGAUAGUCAUUUAAGAAGGUUACCUUGAAAAUGUCAGUGAAGACAUUUGCCAGCUGGUCAGCGCAUGCUCUGAGUACGCAUCCUGGUAAUCCGUCUGGCCCCGUGGCCUUGUGAAUGUUAACCUGUUUAAAGGUCUUACUCACAUCUGCUACAGAGAACAAGAUCACACAGUCGUCCGGAACAGCUAGUGCUCUCAUUCAUGGUUCAGUGUUGCUCGCCUUAAAGCGAGCAUAGAAGGCAUUUAGCUCAUUUGGUAGCCUCCAGUCACUGGUCAGCUUGCGGUUGGGUUUCCCUUUGUAGUCCAUGAUAGUUGGCAAGCCCUGCCACAUCUGACUAGCGGCUUGCUUGCCUCUCUCGUGCCGUCUCUUCCUCUUUCGAGUCCCGGGGAUUAGGGCCUGGUCUGGGAGUAAGCGGAACAUCCAGAGCUGCUGACUCAUUGAAAAAGAAAUUGCCAUCCGAAUCGAGGUUAGUUGUGCUGAUGUCCAGAAGCUGUUUUCAGUCAUAGGAUAUUAUGGCGGCGACAUUAUGUACAAAAGAAAAUUAAGAUCAGCGUAAAAAACAGAAAACCGAAAAUUGCAGAAUUUGUCAGGAGCCCCGAAAACGCCUGCUAUCUAUGUAGUUCCCUGUAGCUCAGUUGGUGGAGCAUGGCGUUUGCAACGCCAGGGUUGUGGGUUCGUUUCCCACGGGGGGCCAGUAUGAAAAAUGUAUGCACUCACUAACUGUAAGUCGCUCUGGAUAAGAGCGUCUGCUAAAUGACUAAAAAUGAGAGAGACUAGCAUAUAGCUGUUGGACUAGUUUAAGAGAGAGUAGAAUUGGGUGACAGCUAUAUGCUAGUCUCUCUCAUUUUUAGUCAUUUAGCAGACGCUCUUAUCCAGAGAGACUUACAGUUAGUGAGUGCAUACAUUUUUCAUACUGGCCCCCCGUGGGAAUCGAAACCCACAACCCUGGCGUAUGCAAGCGCCAUGCUCUACCAACUGAGCUACAGGAGGCCUCUCUUAAACUAGUCCAACAGCUAUAUGCUAGUCUCUCUAAACUAGUCCAACAGCUAUAUGCUAGUCUCUCUAAACUAGUCCAACAGCUAUAUGCUAGUCUCUCUAAACUAGUCCAACAGCUAUAUGCUAGUCUCUCUAAACUAGUCCAACAGCUAUAUGCUAGUCUCUCUAAACUAGUCCAGCAGCUAUAUGCUAGUCUCUCUAAACUAGUCCAGCAGCUAUAUGCUAGUCUCUCUAAACUAGUCCAACAGCUAUAUGCUAGUCUCUCUAAACUAGUCCAACAGCUAUAUGCUAGUCUCUCUAAACUAGUCCAACAGCUAUAUGCUAGUCUCUCUAAACUAGUCCCAGCAGCUAUAUGCUAGUCUCUCUAAACUAGUCCCAGCAGCUAUAUGCUAGUCUCUCUAAACUAGUCCCAGCAGCUAUAUGCUAGUCUCUCUAAACUAGUCCAACAGCUAUAUGCUAGUCUCUCUAAACUAGUCCCAGAAGCUAUAUGCUAGUCUCUCUAAACUAGUCCAACAGCUAUAUGCUAGUCUCUCUAAACUAGUCCAGCAGCUAUAUGCUAGUCUCUCUAAACUAGUCCCAGCAGCUAUAUGCUAGUCUCUCUAAACUAGUCCAACAGCUAUAUGCUAGUCUCUCUAAACUAGUCCCAGAAGCUAUAUGCUAGUCUCUCUAAACUAGUCCAACAGCUAUAUGCUAGUCUCUCUAAACUAGUCCAACAGCUAUAUGCUAGUCUCUCUAAACUAGUCCCAGAAGCUAUAUGCUAGUCUCUCUAAACUAGUCCAACAGCUAUAUGCUAGUCUCUCUAAACUAGUCCCAACAGCUAUAUGCUAGUCUCUCUAAACUAGUCCAACAGCUAUAUGCUAGUCUCUCUAAACUAGUCCAGCAGCUAUAUGCUAGUCUCUCUAAACUAGUCCAUCAGCUAUAUGCUAGUCUCUCUAAACUAGUCCAACAGCUAUAUGCUAGUCUCUCUAAACUAGUCCAGCAGCUAUAUGCUAGUCUCUCUAAACUAGUCCAACAGCUAUAUGCUAGUCUCUCUAAACUAGUCCAACAGCUAUAUGCUAGUCUCUCUAAACUAGUCCAACAGCUAUAUGCUAGUCUCUCUAAACUAGUCCCAGCAGCUAAUGCCUACCCAUUCCUCUCAGUCUCUCCUGUUGUCUGUUGUCAGGUUCGUCAGCAUUUGAGCAGCAGCCCAUCCGUGUGUAGCUUCAGUCUAACUUCAGGAGCAGAUAAUUAAUUCACCCACCGAUAGCAGCUAGCUAGCUGCGGUGUCAGUCUGUGUUAGCUCUGUGUUUGUGAUUUAAACAGGAUUUGAACCGUCCACUUCAUCACCAAGAUGGCUGGUCAUUUAGCAGGUUGCCUGAUGACAGGGGCAGUUGGGAAAGUGUUGGAGGGGAUGUACUGUAGGUUCUUCUGAAUGGGUCUGGGACGGGCUGUUGAGUUUGAUACUGUAUGUAUUAUGUAUUUUAAGUUCAUGUGUAGAAGUGUGUGUGUGUCUGUGAGUGUGUGUGUGUGUGUCUGUGAGUGUGUGCUUGUUAGCACUGAGUAAAGUGGGUCACUCCCCCCCACAGCAAGCUCCACACUGUUCCCCCCUUCCUUCCUCUCCAUCUCUCUCUCUCUCUCUCUCUCUCUCUCUCUCUCUCUCUCUCUCUCUCUCUCUCUCUCUCUCUCUCUAUCUUUCUCUCUCUCUCUAGUGUUGAAC